UGCAGACAACUUCGCUCGCUCACUCCACUCUACUUGCCAUUGCUUUCUACUCACUCUGACUCGGUCCAGUCGCCGCUCGCCGCCGGCGAUCCGUUCGUGCCUUCCGCAUUUCCGCUGCCGUUCUCCCCGGUCGCUCAUCUAGAAUUAGGUCAAUUAGGCUCGAUUUCUUCGUCAUCUCCUUCUACCAGUGCUUUAUACGUCAAUGGAUGUUAUGAUUGGACUCUGAACCCGCUCAUCUGGUGUUUGGUCUACAGAAAACCUAGAAAAUGAGAGAAAUCUUGCACAUCCAAGGAGGUCAGUGCGGGAACCAGAUCGGUUCCAAGUUCUGGGAAGUCGUUUGUGACGAGCACGGCAUUGACCCCACUGGAAGGUACGUCGGGACCUCCGAUCUGCAACUGGAGCGUGUCAACGUCUACUACAACGAAGCAUCAUGUGGACGGUUUGUGCCCCGUGCUGUGCUCAUGGAUCUCGAGCCUGGGACCAUGGACAGCGUGAGGACUGGUCCCUAUGGCCAGAUCUUCAGGCCUGACAACUUCGUCUUCGGCCAAUCUGGUGCUGGUAACAACUGGGCCAAAGGUCACUACACUGAGGGCGCUGAGCUCAUUGAUUCGGUUCUGGAUGUUGUCCGAAAGGAGGCUGAAAACUGCGACUGUCUUCAAGGUUUCCAAGUAUGCCACUCUCUCGGUGGAGGAACUGGAUCAGGAAUGGGAACCCUGUUGAUCUCCAAGAUAAGGGAGGAAUACCCAGACAGAAUGAUGCUUACCUUCUCCGUCUUCCCAUCCCCUAAGGUUUCCGAUACAGUGGUUGAGCCAUACAAUGCCACACUCUCUGUGCAUCAGCUGGUUGAGAAUGCCGAUGAAUGUAUGGUGCUUGAUAACGAGGCAUUGUACGAUAUCUGCUUCAGAACUCUCAAGUUGACCACUCCCAGCUUCGGCGAUCUGAACCAUCUGAUCUCUGCAACAAUGAGCGGCGUCACCUGCUGCCUGCGCUUCCCCGGCCAGCUGAACUCCGACCUCAGGAAGCUGGCGGUGAACCUGAUCCCAUUCCCGCGUCUCCACUUCUUCAUGGUCGGGUUCGCUCCCCUGACCUCCCGCGGGUCGCAGAUGUACCGUGCCCUGACCGUCCCGGAGCUGACCCAGCAGAUGUGGGACUCCAAGAACAUGAUGUGCGCCGCCGACCCUCGGCACGGCAGGUACCUGACUGCCUCGGCCAUGUUCAGGGGCAAGAUGAGCACCAAGGAAGUCGACGAGCAGAUGAUCAAUGUGCAGAACAAGAACUCGUCCUACUUCGUGGAGUGGAUCCCCAACAACGUGAAGUCCAGCGUCUGCGACAUCCCACCGCGCGGCCUGUCGAUGGCGUCGACGUUCGUGGGGAACUCGACCUCGAUCCAGGAGAUGUUCAGGAGGGUGAGCGAGCAGUUCACUGCCAUGUUCAGGAGGAAGGCUUUCUUGCAUUGGUACACCGGGGAAGGGAUGGACGAGAUGGAGUUCACCGAGGCGGAGAGCAACAUGAAUGAUCUGGUGUCGGAGUAUCAGCAGUACCAGGACGCGACCGCCGACGAGGAGCUGGAUUACGAGGAAGAGGAGGAAGAAGGUGACGAGAUGUAAGUUUGGGGGGAAUGAAGAGCGCAGAGUUGGUUGAGAGGGAGGGGAGCCUUUUCAUUUUCGUAGAUAAUUCUAGUACUUGUUUGCGCCGAGACUGGGAACCAUAUGAUAUUUGGUAUUGUGAAAUAUUUUGGCCGUCCGUCUAUGUCUGUCCUGUUACUUGACUCUAUGCGUUUUGAUGUUCUUCGUUCUUUGUCAUUUUCUCGUUUUAUGAUGUUGUAAUCGUGUUUGAAGAAGCGUUUUGAUCAUCAAUGUGGAGUUUUCAUUUAGUCUUCGACCCCUCUCCCUUGUUUUUAUUUUCUGAACUGGAAAACCCAA